GCAUAAAAAAAAAAAUCACAGAUUCUUAUUCCAAACAAAGCCAAUAAAUCUGAUCGAAACCAGACAACAGUCUUUGCGGUAACGUGAAAGACGAGGUUUAUAUAUGAAAUUAGGUUACUCACGUGGCUCUCCUUGCACGCAACCGCCGCUUAAUUUCCCUGCUCAUUGAUUUCGUGCUGCCUCUUCAACAAUGACCUUGAACCUUCCUUCUCCUUUCUUCAAUUAUAUAAUCAAACUUUAUGUUAAAUUUUAAUAUACAGACAGAGCAGAUGAAGAAUGAAUGAUUGGUGGAGAUUCUCACAGCGAUCUUCUCCGAUGGCAUGGACCCGCUUCUGUCUCCCGCUUGCUUUACUUUGAUUCCUCUUUGUUUUAUGAGUCAGAAUCUUCAUUUUAAAUCUUUCUGUCAUCAGGGUUUCACUUGUUGCAGAUUUUCCCUCUUUGUGAGUAAUUAUCAGAAGAAGAAGAAGAAGAACUGGUGUUUCAAUGGCUGGUAUGCUUCCUGGGGUCGAGUGUGCAAGAAGAAGAAGGUUUCAUCAAAGUGGAGGGUGCUCUGAUUCUCCAAGUAUGGCGGCUCAUGGCUGGUCAAGAAGAUCUUCUUUUUGUUUAUAUACAAGCAACCAUGAAACCCAUCACCAUAGUUCUUCUAUGAUCUCUUCCCGGCAAAGAAGCAUAAUGAGUGAGGCAUACGAGGAUGAGAAGCUAGGGGGAGCAGCUGGAGAAGCUAGAGAAAGAUUAGAUGAGAGAUUGAGAACUCAGAGGAAGUCAUCAGAGUCCAAAAGGCAAAUGAGUGCUGGGAAAGAGAGGUUGAGGUCAGGAGAGUUGCAUACAGAAGUAUUUGGAACAUUAAAGAGCAGCAGCAGCAGCAGCAGCAGGAGUGGGUCAAAGAGGUUCAGCUGGGCAAAGUUAAGUUGGAAGGCUUCAGAGCAAGAAGAGUGUGCAAUUUGCUUGGAGAGGUUCAAGACGGGUGAGACUCUGGGUCAUCUUCCAUGUGCUCAUAGGUUCCAUGGAAGGUGUUUGGUUCCAUGGCUAGAUGCCAAUGCUCAUUGCCCUUGUUGCAGAAUGGAAAUCUUGACAUCGCCAUUACCUUAACCAAAUUAAUUAAUUCUUCUUCUGCCAUAGAGUAGUUGGUGUGGAAAGAUUUGUAAUCGAUGCUUUGCUUUUAAUUAUGUGAUGCAUUAACUGGAGCUAAUUGAUGUUUUCAACAAAGCUUUUCGCCUGGAAA